ACAUCACUAUUGCUUAUGUUAUGUCAACGUUAGUGGGUGUGUAGCUGCGUAUUUUUAUGAAUUAGAAUAAUUUAUUUUGGUUUAUACCUGAGAUGAGACUUGAUAUUUAGUUACAUUCGACCUUGGAGAAUUAUUAUAGCCUCCGAUUUCAAAGAUGGCUAUGGUAAAGACGCCUGUGUUGAAAGUUAUAUUGUGUGGUGAAUAUGGUGUCGGAAAAAGUUCUAUAUUUCGUCGAUUUAUUAACAAUACAUUUGUUCCAAAUUCAGACAGAAGGUCAACUUUAGGAUUGGAUCACUUUGAAAAGUCAUAUCAACUUACGGAUAAGACGGUCAAGUUACAAUUAUGGGACACUGGAGGCAUGGAGAGGAUUGCUUCAGUAACCUCCAGCUACUACAAAUUUGCUGAGGCAGCAAUUCUUGUAUUUUCACUUGAUAAUGCAUCCUCAUUUCAUGUCUUGAGCCAACACUUAUUAGAUAUUGUAACAUACGCUGAAAACGCUAAAAUCUUUCUGUGUGGAAAUAAAUCUGAUUUGGAAGGUUCUUCACCUCAAGUUACCGAUGCUGAUAUUGAAACUUUUUGUGAACAAUGCCAUAAUCUGAUCAGCACCACAUACAAAACAUCAUGCAAGACUGGUAAAGGUAUUGAAGAAAUGUUUACUGAUAUUGCUAUGCAACUGGUAGAGUCAAAUAGGUCUAGGAUUGAGCUGCAAACUUUGGACCAUGACAGCUUCAAGAUAUCGAAUCCAGAACCAGUUGAAGAUGCAUCAUGUAGCUGUUGAUCAUAGAUUUUGCUUUAAAUGGUAUUUAUUUUUUUGUAGCUAAGAUGACAAGAUGUGCAUAAUAUAAUUUAUAAUAAUAAUGCUUUAAUAUAACAGAUAACAACUGCAUAUUGAAUAAAGCACUAGAAUAAGUUUUAUCAAUGAACAUGACCUUGCUAAGUCAUUUAGAUUUUGUAUUAAGAAUCUCAACAGUAUGGGACUAAAGUAUUACUUUACUAUACACAUUUUUGUAAUAAAAUUUAAGAAUUAUUAAAAUUCAUAUUAAAAAUUGUAAGAGGGAACUGGACUUUGGUCAAAGAUAAAAACAGUUAAAGUAAAUAUAAUAUGUUGUAUCUUAAGAACAUCUCUGUUGCAGCAUUUAAUUUCAAAUUUGAUUGUUAUUAUGUAGACAAGCUUGCUUGUUAUAUUUGUAAGUAGGUUGUGUGUUGUUUUGAAAUCCUUUAUUUGCCAUUGAAUUUUAGGAUUUUAUACUUAAAACAAAUAUUACUAAGUUAUAACAACUUAUUGUUAUUUUUUGUUUACCUAUAUAUUACUAUGUAUCUCAAAUCCCAGUAUUUUGAAAUUUGGCCUAACUUUAGUAUUGAAUAAUGAUCAUUCCGAGCCAAAAGGUUAUUUAAUAAAAACUAAGAAAUGUUUUAUAUUAUUAUUGAUAUAUUGGCUUCACUUCUAAACUACAGUGAAUUAUUUGUUUGUGGAUGUUGUAUGUUGAUUGCAGGUACCUUAGUACUUCAUUUGAAUGAACAAUAAACUUAUGUGGCAUAACAA